UUCAACUUGGUUCUCACUGCAUGCUUUGAAAUCCUACCCAAAUCACCACCUAUCGCAUAUAUACACAUAUAUUGUUGUACAUAUAUGAAAAAUGUUUACAACAAAGUUACAAACUUCCAUCCUCCAAUCCCUUUUAAGCCAAACCAUCUUCUUCCACAUACACACUGUUUGCAUGUUCAUCUUCAUCUCUCUUUUCCUUUCUGCAGAUUUGGGGUUUCAAAUGGGCCCCAUCAGAGGAAUGAAGAGGAGGAAGAAGACUGAACAGAAGAAUGUGCUUCCUGCUGCUCCACAGAGUCCUCAGCCCGAGCCACUGGAUUGGUGGUACGAGUUCCAGCAGAGGAUUACUGGGCCUUUAUCUGGAUCAGAAUCCAGAAAUGCAGUGAAAUUUGAAUCUGUCUUUAAAAUAUCAAGAAGGACAUUCAAUUACAUUUGUUCACUUGUAAAGGAACAUAUGGAGACUAGGAACUUCAGUACCAAAAAUGGCAAGCGUUUGUGUCUGCAAGACCAAGUUGCUGUUGCUCUUAGGAGGCUUAGCUCUGGUGAAUCAUUAAUGAACAUUGGUGACUCCUUUGGGAUGAACCAAACAACUGUUGCUCAGGUAACCUGGCGGUUUGCGGAAGCAAUAGAAGAGAAGGGGCUCCACCAUCUUUGUUGGCCUAAAGAGCAAGGUGAAAUGGAAGAGAUAAAGUCCAAGUUUGAAAGAAUUCGUGGCCUUCCAAAUUGCUGUGGUGCAAUCGACAUCACUCACAUCAUGAUGACUCUGCCUGCAGCUGACUCAUCAGAUGUCUGGCUCGAUGGUGAGAAAAACUGCAGCAUGACCUUGCAGGCAGUUGUUGACCCUGAUAUGAGAUUUCGUAACAUAGUUACUGGAUGGCCAGGAAGUCUGAGUGAUGACAUUAUCCUCCGAAGCUCAGGUUUCUUCAAACUGUGUGAAGAAGGAACUUGUUUAAAUGGUAAGAAAAUGGUGCUGUCUGAAGGAACAGAAGUAAGAGAAUACAUAGUAGGAGAUUCCGGUUUUCCACUUUUGGAAUGGCUUAUGACUCCUUACCAGGGAAGAAAACUCCCAGAUGAUAAGUCUGAGUUUAACGAGCGACUUUCUGCAACCCAAAUGGUGGCAAGGAGAGCAUUUGUGAGGUUGAAGGAGAUGUGGAAAUUAAUUCAAGGAGCAAUGUGGUUGCCUGAUAAGAAUAAGCUGCCAAGGAUUAUUCUCGCUUGCUGCAUACUGCAUAACAUAGUCAUUGAUAUGGAUGAUAUAGUGCAGGACGAAAUGCCUUUGUCCCAUCACCAUGAUUCGGGUUACCACCGCCAGAGUUGUGAAUCUGCUGACAAGACUGGCUCUGUUCUAAGAGAGAAACUUUCUGUAUACUUCUCUGGACAAUUACCUUGAGAAGAUUUCCAGAUUAAUCAUUGAAUUAUAUGUUGAUGAACUGUUGACCCUUGCUAGUUGAGCUUAGAAAUUUAUAAUAUUUUGGGGUAAAGAGUAA